CCGAGUCCAGUAAACAGUUCUGCAAUGAUCGGGAACCAACUACGAUCGGCUGUUGUUUUAUCCACAUUCCUCGCCGUAGUCGCGGGUAAAUCACCCCCGCCACCUGGAGCACCAUGGGCGAAAUUUGUUACCAAGCCCGCUUUUGCCCGAUCUUUGGGGCCUCCCCCGCUACCAGAAGUUGAAACCAUGUCAAUACCGUACAUCCCGAAACCGUCGCUAUUUCCAAAAUUCGUAGAUCCGCGAAUGAUGAUCGCAAAAAAGACAGACAUGCUGAGUAAGAUGUUCGGUGGAUUGGGACCGGCGAUGGGACCGUUUCCGGGGUUUGGUUUAGGGCCUUAUGCGGGGUACGGUCUGGGCCCGUACGCAACAAACCCUGCCGGUAUGUACGGAUCUGAAGACAUAAAUAUGAAGGGAACUACAGACCUGGAUUCCACAUCGGACGGAAUAAUGAACAACGAUUUGCCAAUUUUGUACGCGUCCGGUUUCGGUGAAGGUGGAGAAUUCAGUCCGAAUAUGAAAUAUUCCGAAAGUCUUAACGGAUUACCGACCGGAGAAUUGAGCAACGUAAAACGCGGGUUAUUCGGACCCAUGGGCCCCAAGUCGCCAUUCCUUGGUCCCUUUAGCCCAGUUUCCGCACAGUCUGCUACUUCCGGCGAUGCCGCAUCUUAUACAGACGCUAGCUCGUCAUUUAUAAAACGGGGAUUUCCGGGUCCAAAUCCUGUUAAAAACGGGGAACCCUCGAGCAGCGCAACAGAGCCACCACCUCCAUAUUCGAGCAUGCACGUGAUACCGGAAGAGGUUUCUGAAACGGGGGAAAAAGAAGUCUCCAAAGAAUCUCCCUUGGACAAAAUUUUCUCCGGCAGCAAGGAUUCGAAAACGUCGAAAGACCUCACCAAACGGAUGGUUACCGACGGUUCGGUACCAAAGGAAUAUCUGCCGGGGAUGUACGGACCUAUGAGUCCGUUUUUCGGGACCUCGGGUCCCGCCUUCGGCCCGAGCGCCGCCUUCGGCCCGGGCGCAUUCAUAAGCAAGAAAUCAAUGUUCCUCGACACCCUCUUCAAGAAUUUGGCAACCAGCACAGAGUCGCCAGUGACCGACGUCCCGGUGCCAAAAAGCACGAUAGUUCCGCCCGGAUUUUGGUUUCCAGAAACUGUGAUUCCCGAUCCCGCUUCAUACGACACGAAGGUGGCUACUUUCCUGGAUAAACUGUUCGACUCUCUAAAACUGAACGCUUCUACAGCGGCCGGUGAUUCCCCUUACGAAACGUCCAUGUCGCCGGGAUUCCCAGGCGCGAAAACUCGCUCCUUACCGUUCGGCUACUCCGCGGCCGGUUCUUCCCCGUACACUCGUUCCUUGCCUGCUACGGACCACGAGGCAGUGAUAACGGCGAAGGACCAAAUCGUCAGUUCCAUCAUCGGAGAGCUGAGCGUGCUGAAAGACGACAUGGUCGCGACGUUCAACGACUUGAUUGCUUACCAGAAAAACGCGUCGACACCUCCUCCCGGUUCCAAACCGUUCAAGCCCUUCGCACCGAUUUGGCCUGGCGCUACAGCAGUCGCGGAUAUCGGAACACUGCCUUACAAGCGGAGAAUGAUAAUCCUGGCGCAGGUUUUCGACAUGCUAACGGAGCUACAGACGAACAUUACUGCGACUGUUAACGAAGCGAUCAAAUCUAGUUACGAAGAAGAACCGGAACCCGCGACGACGCCUAAGCCGGAGGAUGGAGGUUUGAGCUUGGCCGUUCUUGACGCGAUUCAAGCGAAGUUAAACGAGCUGGAUACAAUUGCGUCGACCAAACUGACGCCGAAAGGAUUUUCUACGAAAUUUUCAAGAGCUCUAUCCGACAGUCCAACUUCAUUCUGGGUUGCUUAUCCCGGAAGUACUAACGCCCGGCGAAAUUCCCUCGAUGAACCGGACAUUCCUCGUCGUAGUGAGCAGGGUAUUAAUGACGAUAUCGUAGAUACUGACUCCUUCAUCCCUGGUAAGGAUUCCAGGGAAAUUAAAAUGCAAAUGCAUCAAGGAUACCAAAGUCUCCCGCCUGGUACCAUCGAAUCCAUCCAAGCUGGGGGCGGAUCUGUACCAGGACACGAAGGUGGCGGAGUGAAAUUUCUGAUCAAAAUGCCGGCUAAAGAUAUGACGACGGAUGGACAGAGUGGUGGGCAAGUUUAUCAAAAUUAUCCCGCAAAGUGGCAAGAUUGGUCGAAUAAUAUGGAAAAGGAAUACCAAAACAAUCGUCAUCAUCAUCAUUUUCAUCACUGAGAUAAGUGAUUAAAAUACUUAUAAUCGCAGCAUAUUCUAGUCACACGCCAUAACAAA